GGAAUUUGGGUACGGCCCAGUGAUAACUUUCACGCUGGAACACUUUUGCAAAUAGUGUCACCUCUGAGAAACGUGCGUGUGUGUGCGUGUGUGUGUGUGUGUGUGUGUGUGUGUGUGUGUGUGUGUGUGUGUGUGUGUGUGUGUGUGUGUGUGUGUGUGUGUGUGUGUGUGUGUGUGUGUGUGUCCACCCUGUGUGUGGUGUGUGCUCAUGGUAAAUGUGAGCCAGAGAGAGAGAGACGGCUAGAGAGAAAGAUUCAGAGGACCAGAGAGAUUGAGAGCGCAGGCCAGAGAGAGAAAGUGGGUGGAAUUGGAUUAGAAGUCCUCCGACUGGUUCUUCCAGAGUUUGUGUGGUGAUCAGGUGAUGCAUGUCUUUGCUGCUGUGAGAGAGAGAGGGAGACGCCUGUAAGAUGGAGAUGGUGUGAGGGCAGAAUGUGAGUACCAGGGCACAGGAGCGACGUUGGAGACAGGCAGAAUAAGGUGAAACAGGAAGUUUAGGUUUAGUGUUUAGCAGUUCCUUCUAUGGCGGAGCGAGAUGAUCCCCAUCCCGGAAACGCAGUGGCUGGACGUGCGGAUGCCAUUUUCAGACGAGGUCAAGUACAUCAUUCUGGCCGUGUCCAUCCUCCUCUUCAUCAUCGCCAUGGGGAUACUGGUCUGGCAGCUGCAGAGGUGCUGCCCCCAACACCAUAGCCCCAAGGACUCCAUGAGCAGUCUGGUGACAGAGGGAGAUAAUGGCCUCAGCGGAAGUUACCCAAAAAUCCAGACCCCCAGACUGAAGGAGGAGUACAGCCAGCAUCAGUCGGGUCGUCUGAGCCGCUGCCUGUCUCGCUGCGACUCCAUCCCGCCGUCCUCCCCCUCCAUACUCAGCUGCAGCCUGGACAGCCUGGGCGAGGAGGAGCAGGAGGAGGAGGAGGAGGUGCGGGGCUCGCUCCACUUCUCCCUGUACUACGACCAGACGCAGGCCCUACUGGUGGUCACGGUGCUGGAGGCGCGAGACCUCCCCCUCCGCAGCUACCACCACCACCAGCGCCGCAACCUGGACCCCCUCGUCAGGGUGCGCCUCCUCUGGGCCAGGGACAACCAGGAGGACGGGGAUACGGACGUGGAGGAGGAGGAGGAGGACGAGGAGGGAGGGGAGGAGGAGGAGGAGGAGGUGCAGGGAAAGGGAGGGAGCAGGAGGAGGAAGAGGAGGAGGAAGAGGAGUGUGCGGAGCGGGCAGCAUCUGCAGUGCGUGCUGAAGGAGUGGCAGUCUCGUCCGGUGAGGAACAGCAGCAGCCCAGCGUUUGGGGAGCAGUUCUCAUACACGCUGCCUGAGGACGAGGUCCCGCAUGUCACCGUCAAACUGGAGGUUCAGGACUAUGACAAAUACUCUAGGCAUGAGACCGUGGGAGAGGUGCGGACGCCACUGGCCGAUCUGAAUAUCUCAUACCCUCUUGACCUAUGGCAGGACUUGCAACGCCCCAGCAAGGACUUGGUAGGUGAGGUGCUCCUGUCCCUGAAGUACAUGCCCACAUCUCAGAGGCUAGAGGUUGGAGUCCUGAAGAUACGCAUGAUCUCCAAGUCCAGCAGGACAGACAGAGCGGUGUACGUGCGGGCUAGCGUGCAGUGUAACCAGUGUCGGCUGCACCACCAGAAGACGGCGGUGAAGACGCAUUGGGACGUGAUGGUCUUCAACGAGGCCCUGGUGUUCCUGCUGCCCGACGCCCCUGUCCACCACUGCCGUGUCACCCUCAACGUCUAUGAGGUGCAUCCUGGGAAGAAGAAGGCGUCUAAGCACCUGAUUGGCCAGCUGAGCAUUGGGAAGGGCAGGCAGGCGGAGGAUGAGCACUGGAGACUGAUGAUGCGAUCGCUGCGGCAGCCAAUAGCCAAAUGGCACCUGCUCCACAUAUGAGGCCUCAGCCAAUAGCCAAGUGGCACCUGCUCCACAUAUGAGGCCUCAGCCAAUAGCCAAGUGGCACCUGCUCCACAUAAUGAGGCCUCAGCCAAUAGAAAAGUGGCAC